AUGGUACGAUUAUUAACGCUUUUGCUUCCGCUGGGCCUAGCCUCAGCAGGCCAGAUGCUUACCACGCGCGACCAGUCGGUAGGCACGUCUCGAAACCUCAUUGUGGGAGCUCCCGGCCAGAUUCUUUCCUACAGUUUCGACGGCAAGGUCUUCGCAAACCACGCCAACGUCACCGAGGCCGGUACUUCUGCCAGCUGGAUGAUCUUCAAGUACCCGAACCUCCUGUAUGCCGUGGAUGAGAAUUCAAACAGCACCCGCGUCUUCAAUUUCAACCCAGUUGACAGCACCCUCUCUGCGGAACCUGUCUCAGCCGCCAAUGGGUCUUCUGGCGUGGUCUCGCUUGCGUUCGACAAGAAUCAGACUCACCUCGUCGGAGCAUCCUACAGCCAGGGCCAGGUUGAUGUUUGGGACAUCUCGCCCACAGACGGCAGCCUCAAGCUGCUGAAGCAGGUCCCGCUUCCCGGUCCGACCGGCCCUGCAGCCGCCCAAGCCGUCCACCGAGCUCACCAAGCUGUGCUUGACCCUACUGGACAGUUUUUCGCCAUCGCAGACCUCGGUGGCGACGCGAUCCACUUCCUGGAUACCUCGAGCUGGGAGAUCACCAACAGUGCUGUAGUUAAGCCUGCCGGCGCCGGACCCCGCCACGGUGCGUUCAUCGGCGGCGAGGACAUGUGCUUGCCCAAGUACUACGUCGUCGCCUGCGAGUUGAAGAGCCUCAUUAUCCUCUACGAGCUUUCGCAGACCGACGAUGGCAAGAUUGAGCUGAAGAACCCUCAAACCCUCAGCACCUAUGGCGACGCUUUCCCUCCUGCCAACGCCACCAGCGCAGCUGCUGGCGAACUAAUCGCGUCGCACAACGAGCGGGACAUCUAUGUCUCGAACCGUCUGACCGGCAACGCAACAGACAGCAUCUCGCACUUCGUCGUCAAGGACGGAAAGCUUCAGUUUGCCGACCAGAUCUCCAGCGGCGGGUCCAUCCCGAGACAGCUCAGCUUCAGCACCGAGGAGUCAUUCGUCUUUGGUACCAACCAAGGCGGAGAUAGUGGGUUGGUGGCAUUCCAACGGAAUAUGGAAGAUGGAACGCUGUCAGCCCUGGCCGCUUUGAGCAACUCAGAGAUCAGUGCACAGGGCACCAAUCUUGGACCACAGUUCGUCCAGGAGAUCCCAAUGUAUACCCAUCAGAUUCCAGCCCAGUGGGUGGAUGGAGUUCCGCAGUGGGGGAACGUCCAGGGCUAA